UUGGGGUCAUGCUGAUGUUGGACAUGUUGAUUUGCUGUGAUCGAGCCAGUGAAGCAUGACAUAAAAAAAGAACAAAAAAAAAAGUUGCGAUAGAGUGAUGAAAACUACAUAACUACAUUUACGGUUUCACCUCGAAUUCCAAUUGACUUUUGCGUAUAGAUUGGCGUGAGGUUAACAUGCGGCACGGCGGAAAGGGCAGAGUUUUUCUGAGGAUUUUACGAGGACUAUAAAGGGUGGUGCGCACCGGUGGGUUCACUGCAUAUGCUAUGCAAAGUGACGACUUCACCUGUCUUGUUCUCAGCUAAAACAAUGUUGACCUAUAAAUAUAGAGAAUUGCUAUUUAAGUCUAAGGAUGACAGCUGGAAACAGGUUUCUUGGCUCCUUCUUUGGUAGCGUUGUCUGACAAGGCUUCUUCUUGAGCAUUUCUACAUUCCACAUUUUAAACACUUGAGGCUUAAAUGUUAAAACUCUAAACUGGUGUGUUUUAGAGGUUGUUGAUCCUUCGCGACCCCUCUUGAAGACCUUUCUAUGUAGAGCUUGUGUGAGGGGAUGUUGUGGUGGAGAGGAACACAGACAGAAAUGCAGCCUGGUCCUUUCAGUCAUAGGUGUGAGAAUCAAUAUAAAGAGGGUGUUAAGACCACUGAGGGGCGAUGUUUACAUGCAUGGAAUAAUCAGGCUCGAUUAUGGCCAUUGGUCCAAGUUUAUGUCUCAGUCAGGCUACGUGCUAAGGAAUCAUUGUUAAGUUUGUCUCACAACAGGUCAUGGAAGAAGACGCCUGCUCCACAAGUCCUGUCAUGUUAAUGGCAUUUCCUUAUUCCUCUGGGGUCCAACAUUGGCCAUUUUUGAGGGCGUUUCCCCGCCGUCCAAUAGGAAAGCAGUGCGUUGAGUGCGAUGACGAUCGCAACGUUCUAUCCACCAAUCAACGUUGACAUUCCUAAAGCGGUCACUCAAACUGCUCACGAGCACGAGGGCAGCCCUGCAACUCACCCAGUGUCCCCUUUCAAAUGAAAACAACUUAAAGUUAAGCUCAAAGUCCGCGUAUUUCACCCCUCCUGAACACCUUAGCGCGUCAGGAGUCACUGAAGUUGUGUGUUAAAAUGUCCAAGAUUCUCUUCGCCUGCAGUGUGGUGAGGUCCCUGAGGCAUGGAUGUGGAGCUGGAAAAACAGUGGGAAACACCUCCUUCUGGCUGAGACACCACUCCGCUAAACUUUUCAGUGCGAAGGCCCAGUCAGCGCACUUGGUUUUGGAGGAUGGCACUCGGAUGAAAGGGUUUUCCUUUGGCCACGAAGCCUCGGUAGCUGGAGAGCUGGUCUUCAACACUGGACUGGUGGGGUACCCGGAAGCUUUAACUGACCCGAGCUACAGGGGUCAGAUCCUGACCCUUACGUAUCCAAUUGUGGGGAACUAUGGUGUUCCCAACACCCAAGAGCUUGACCCCCUCGGCCUCAGGAAGCACGUGGAGUCAGAUUGUAUUCAGGUCUCGGGUCUCCUGGUACAAGACUACAGUCAAGACUACAGUCACUGGAACUCAGUCAAGUCUCUCGGUCAAUGGCUUCAGGAGGAGAAGGUCCCAGCCCUGUUUGGUAUCGACACUCGAAUGUUGACUAAGGUCAUCAGGGAUAAGGGCACUGUUUUGGGAAAGAUUGAGUUUGAUGGUCAAUCUGUGGAGAUACGAGACCCGAAUCAGAGAAACCUGGUGGCUGAUGUCUCAACAAAGGAAACCAAGGUUUUUGGAAAGGGGAACCCCAUCAAGGUGGUUGCAGUGGACUGUGGUAUAAAACACAACAUCAUUCGUCUUCUCGUCAAGCGUGGUGCCGAGGUUCACCUGGUGCCAUGGGACCAGGAUCUGAUGAGUCUGGAGUACGAUGGCCUCUUCAUCUCGAACGGACCUGGAGAUCCGUCCCUGGCUGACAAGCUCAUUCAAAAUGUCCGCAAGGUGUUGGAGAGCGACCGUCCGCAGCCGGUGUUCGGCAUCUGCAUGGGCAAUCAAAUCACCGCGCUUGCUGCUGGAGCCAAGUCAUACAAACUACCAAUGGGAAACAGAGGCCAGAACCAGCCGGUGCUCAACGUGAUGACGGGACAAGCCUUCAUCACCGCUCAGAAUCAUGGCUACGGCAUCGACAGCGACUCCCUGCCUCUGGGCUGGAGCCCGCUUUUCAUCAACGCCAACGACGGCACCAAUGAGGGGAUCAUGCACAACACUAAGCCAGUUUUCACAGCUCAGUUCCACCCGGAGGCUAAAGGCGGCCCCACAGACACCGAGUUCCUGUUUGAUGCCUUUCUGUCCCUCAUCAAAAAAGGAAAAGAUGCAAACAUAGUUUCAGUCAUGCCUAAGAAGCCCUCCAUCCCCCCGAGAGCAAAGGUGUCAAAGGUUCUGGUUCUGGGAUCUGGAGGUUUGUCCAUUGGUCAGGCAGGAGAGUUCGACUAUUCCGGGUCGCAGGCCAUUAAGGCUAUGAAGGAGGAGAACCUAAAGACGGUGCUGAUGAACCCAAACAUCGCCUCGGUUCAGACCAACGAAGUAGGAACCAAACAAGCCGACUCUGUUUACUUCCUGCCUGUCACGUCCCAGUUUGUCACCGAGGUCAUCAAGGCUGAGCGUCCAGAUGGAAUCCUGCUGUCCAUGGGGGGACAGACUGCUCUCAACUGCGGAGUGGAGCUGUACAAGCAGGGAAUCUUGGAGAAGUAUGGAGUCAAAGUUUUGGGGACCCCAGUAGAAUCCAUCAUGGCGACUGAGGACCGUCAAAUUUUUGCGGACAAGCUGAUGGAGAUUAACGAGAAGAUCGCACCGAGCAUCGCUGUGGAGUCCGUGUCCGAUGCCCUAAAGGCUGCCGAGCAAAUCGGGUAUCCGGUGAUGCUGCGGUCUGCUUAUGCUCUGGGAGGACUGGGCUCGGGGUUGUGCGCCAACAAAGACAAACUGGAGGAAACUGCGCACAAGGCUUUAGCGAUGAGCAGCCAAAUCCUGGUGGAGAAGUCCCUGCUGGGUUGGAAGGAGGUGGAAUAUGAAGUGGUCAGAGACAUCGCCGAUAACUGCGUUACGGUCUGUAACAUGGAGAACUUCGACCCACUCGGCAUUCACACAGGGGAUUCCAUCGUUGUCGCCCCGAGUCAGACCCUGUCCAACGAGGAGUACCACAUGCUCCGCGAGACUGCCAUCAAAGUGGUUCGUCAUCUCGGAAUUGUGGGCGAAUGUAACAUCCAGUAUGCUCUGCACCCCUCGUCCCUGGAGUACUGUAUAAUCGAGGUUAAUGCUCGACUCUCCAGAAGCUCCGCGCUGGCAUCCAAAGCCACCGGGUAUCCCUUAGCAUUUGUGGCGGCCAAGCUCGCCCUUGGGAUUCCCCUGCCAGAGAUCAAGAACGCCGUUUCAGAGAAAACCACUGCCUGCUUUGAGCCCAGUCUAGACUAUAUUGUGACCAAAAUCCCGCGCUGGGACCUCGACCGCUUUCAGGGCAUGUCUCGGGAAAUUGGCAGCGCCAUGAAAAGCGUCGGCGAGGUGAUGGCUGUCGGUCGGACCUUCGAGGAAAGCAUGCAGAAAGCUUUAAGGAUGUGUCAUCCAUCGGUGGACGGGUUUGUGCCGCGGCUGCCGCUCAAGAAAGCGUGGUCGCACUCCCAGAACCUGCAGCAGGAGCUAGCUGUGCCCUCGAGCACUCGCGUCUUCUCCAUCGCCAAGGCUCUUCACAGUGGGAUGAGUGUGGACCAGAUCCAUCAGCUGACAGCCAUAGAUAAAUGGUUCCUCUACAAACUUCAUCGCAUCACAGAACUGGAGAAACACCUGGCUCUCUACAAGAGUGUCGCCGUGCCCAAAGAGCUGCUGCUGCAAGCCAAGCAGGAUGGUUUCUCUGACCGACAGGUUGGACAGAUUCUAGGCUUCAAUGAGGCGGCAGCCAGAGAGAUGAGGCUCACUCAUGGUAUCAGACCCUGGGUGAAACAGAUUGAUACCUUGGCAGCAGAGUAUCCGGCCAUGACCAACUACCUCUACUGUACAUAUCACGGCCAGGAGCAUGAUUUGGAGUUUGAGGAUCGUGGAAUCAUGGUCCUCGGCUGCGGGCCUUACCACAUUGGGAGCAGUGUUGAGUUUGACUGGUGCGCAGUGUCCAGCAUCAGAGCGUUGAGACAGAUGGGCAAGAGGACGGUGGUGGUCAACCACAACCCGGAGACAGUCAGCACCGACUUUGACGAGUGCGACCGCUUGUAUUUUGAAGAGCUGACCCUUGAGAGGAUUCUGGACAUCACCCAACAGGAGGGCUGCUCUGGGAGCAUCGUGUCGGUGGGAGGCCAGAUCCCCAACAACCUCGCUGUCCCGCUUCAUCUCAGCGGAGUUAAGAUUCUGGGAACAUCACCGGUGCAGAUCGACCGCGCUGAGGAGCGCUCCGUAUUUUCCAGUAUCCUCGAUGACCUCGGAGUGGCCCAGGCCCCGUGGAGGGCCCUCAGCUCUCUGGAAGAUGCUUUUGCUUUCGCCAACCAGGUGGGAUAUCCGUGUCUGCUGCGCCCAUCCUACGUUUUAAGUGGUUCUGCUAUGAACGUUGUUUAUGGGGAAGAAGAAAUGAAGCGGUUCUUGGAGGAGGCCACGCAGGUGUCCCAGGAGCAUCCUGUGGUCAUCACCAAGUUUAUCCGUGGUGCCAGAGAAGUGGAGGUGGACGCAGUAGCCAAAAACGGAAAGGUUCUGGUCCAUGCAAUUACGGAACACGUGGAGGAUGCUGGUGUGCACUCUGGAGAUGCGACUUUGAUGCUUCCCACCCAGAGCAUUAGUCAGGGUUCCUUGGAAAAGGUCAAGAUUGCCACCCGGAAAAUAGCCCAAGCAUUUGAAAUUUCAGGACCAUUUAACACCCAGUUCCUGGUUAAAGGCAAUGAUGUCAUGGUGAUUGAGUGUAAUCUGCGGGCCUCGCGCUCGUUCCCCUUUGUUUCAAAAACCAUCGGCGUAGACUUUAUCAACGUGGCCACCAAAGUGAUGGUGGGAGAGCCGGUGGAUGAAGUCAGCCUGCCUUCGCUGGAGAAACCAAUCAUUCCCAUUGACUAUGUGGGAAUCAAGGCCCCCAUGUUCUCGUGGCCUCGGCUGAGAGACGCUGAUCCCGUUCUUCGCUGUGAAAUGGCCUCCACUGGUGAAGUCGCCUGUUUCGGUCCGAAUAUUUAUUCUGCCUUCCUCAAGGCCAUGCUGUCGACAGGCUUCAAGCUGCCGGAGAAGGGAAUCCUGAUUGGCAUUCAGCAUUCCUUCCGACCAAAUUUUCUGGCCACAGCUCAUCAGCUCAAAGAAGAAGGCUUCAAGCUGUAUGCCACCGAGGCAACUUCCGCUUGGCUCUGCGCGAACGACGUGCCCGCCUCUCCGGUGGCCUGGCCCAGCCAGAAAGCUGAGGACACCAAUUUGCCCAGCAUUUCAAGGUUAAUCAAUGAGGGUCACAUUGACCUGGUGGUCAACCUGCCCAACAACAACUCCCGACACCUGAAGGACAACUUUGUCAUCCGCAGAAUGGCUGUGGAUCAUGGCGUGCCGCUCAUCACAAAUUAUCAGGUCAUGAAGCUGUUUGCUGAGGCCAUUUGCCACGCAGGAGAGCUCGACACCAAAAGCCUCUUCCACUACCGGCAGAAAGAAAGUCAUCAAAGGGAGGCAGGGCUGAAAGGCUAGUAAUGACCUCCGUGUCCUGUGGUUCCCCUCGUUGGUGAAAUUCUGUUAUGUUGCAGCGGAAAGACAGUUUGAGGAGUUGAAGCGUGCGGUUAUUUGUGAAUAUUAAUCUACAUCUGAACAAACUGACAUGACGGUUGUAGCUACAUUAUAACCAACUGCUCCAAAACAAACCAAUGACAUGAUAAA